AUGUCAAAAAGGCUAUGUUUCCCAACCACUAAUAAUAUUACAGAAUAUGAGGCUUGCAUUUGUGGCCUGGAGGCAUUAAUAGCUGUUGGGGCUAAAAAAGUGGAGGUGUUCAGAGAUUCAAUGCUAGUGGUUUCCCAUGUUAAAGGUGAAUGGGAAUUGAAAGAAGAAAAGUUGAGGCCAUACCUGGAGUAUGCUAAGAAACUAUUAUUUAGCUUUGAGGAAGUGACAAUGAAGCACAUGCCUAGAGCUCAGAACCAGAUAGCUGAUGCUCUAGCCACGCUGGCAUCCUUAUGGGAGAAGGGUGACUGUCGACCCACCAUUAUCUUGAUAAGGAGUAGAAUCCCAUGCUAUGAAGGGUUAAUAAUAGCACAUUUAGAUCUAGAAGAUGAGAUGAAAUGGUAUGAGGACAUAAGAAGAUAUUUAGAGGUAAGAGAAUACCCACAGUCAGCCAAUAGUAAGGGAUAG